UAGUAUUGCGUAUCGCCAUGGACAUUAACUUGAGUCACGUGACUUGAAUAUUUGAAGCACUUCGAUGCAACAACGAUACUCAAAGCGCUCAAAGCUUCAAACAGUAAGUUUUCAGGAGAUAAGGCAUACAACAGGACUCGAAAACUUGGGCUGGCCGUCAUUUCUCAAGAGUAAAGUCUACCAAAAACAAGCCGUAUCCCUGUAAUGUAUGGGACACAGACAACAGAAGCAUGACCAUCUGUCGGUAUUUUGCACAAGGCUGGUGUCGUUUUGGCGACAGAUGCCGUUUUGAGCAUGUGGACAACAGCUACCAGAGUCUGCAACCACAACGAGAACGGGACCGAUACCACUGGGUGAAACCUGGAGCCCACAAUACCUCCACGGCCACCAGAGCUGCAUCAUUCGACUUUAACGCUACCCUCCAAACUGCCAGAGCCAGCGAACAGGGAGGGUGGUCCCGAGGAGGAGGAGGAGGAUGGGACCAGGGCCGCCACCAGAACACCUCCUCCUCCCAUGGGGGAUCUUUCUUUGAUUAUGCACCCAAACCUGGUGGAGGCUACAGAGAGCCUUUUAAAGAGGAGCCGCGCAGUUGGGGUCAACCUCGGACGGCGUUCGGCAGUGCUGCAGCUUUUGACUUCAACAGAGCGCUGGAUACUGCCAGGAGAAAGGAUGCCGACCGAUACGUCGCAGAGGACAUGGACAUGGUGGAAAGCCAGGGCUGGGAAACUGGAAGAAGUGGUAGCAGACGGCCAUCUCAACAGGGCCAGCCAGCAAUACAUCAGCAGGCGCAGCCCCAAUCAACAUUUGUUUUUGGAGAAACGCAAACCAGCAAACCUGCGCCAAUCUGGUCGAACCAACAGAGAGAUCACCCACCCAAGACAGAUGUCCCCGUUGCAAGCACGACCGUGUCCGGCGAAGAUUACAGAUAUACGCGGAUCGAAGAGCUCGAACCGCGAGCCAAAGAACAGUACCUUGCAGUGAACUUUACCCUGGGAAAGAUACCCGUUCAACCCCCACCCCUAGAAUACUGUCGGUGACUGGCUCUUGCACCUGUUCUACAUCGCCUGUUUGCUUUCCGCCUGUGCUUGACGUGAUGUCUGUUGAAGAAGCCUUCUGUGUGAAUAUCAACUCGAGUGUACGUGCGCGAGCGAAUGAGACACGUGCAGAAACCUUACAGUGAGCUAAAGAAAUUUUGCCCGUUGAAGGUACAAUGCCGAGCGUUAAAGACUAAUUUGUUGUAAAGACUAAAGAUUGUUG